CCUGUUGUUUUAAUUCGUGUCCUUUCAUAGUCAAUAACAUCCAAACUUUGCAGUGCCUCUCUCUCUGCUAUUUAUCAUCUCCGAAGAUGUCUCACGCACUUUCGACGAAGCGAAGAAAGUUGUCAGUCAAGGGCGUCACUGAUCCAGAAACGAUGGAUAAUCAUCCAAGUCAGGAUCCAUCAGAGGCUGUUUGGUCAAUGCCGAAUUGGCCACCACGUCUAGAGAAGAUAUUUGUAGAAUUGCUGAUUGAUGAAAUGAAAUACCAUUUGGAUGUGAUACCAAGUGGAUUUAAAGAUGAUGCAUGGGAUCGUGUAUGCAAAGAAUUUAAUCAGGUGACUGGUUUGAAUUAUGAUAAGAUGCAGCUGAAGAAACACCUGGCUAUAUUGCGUAAACGUUAUCGCAUUGUGAAACCACUUUAUAACCAUGGUGGCUUUGGUUGGGAUUAUCGUCGGAAGAUGGUUGACGUUGAUGAUCUUGUGUGGGCAGAAUAUAUUGAGGUACAUCCUGAGAUCAAGCCAUACAGAAAAUGGGGUUGCCCAAUAUACGAAGAGCUAUGUACAAUAUUCACAAAGUCAAAGGCCACAGGAAAAUAUGCAAUCUCAUUUGGUGGCGGCUAUAUGUCGCGCAACAACAAUACUUCGCACCCAAGGGGGAAUGUUAAUAUUUCAGAUGGAUGCAACAAACGGCAGUUGGUACAACCAUCAAGUUUGGGUCCCAACAAGAGGAGUCAUAAGGGAGAUGAAAAUUCAAAUGCAAAUGCGACUUCAGAAACUGGAACUGUUUCUGCAUCAAGCAAAGAUGCAAUUGCUCAGAAGGAUGACCUAUAUUCUGCAGGCCGCUGUAUUACAGUUAUAAAUGGAAUGCAAGGUGUUGAUCGACGCCUUUACAAUGGUGCAAUGGAUUUGUUCCAGAGCCCAUGCUGGAGAAAGACAUUCAUGUCACUGAAAUGUGAGAAACGAUUGAACUGGUUGAAGGCCAUGCUCCCUAGUGUUUCAUGAUGCUAAGGAGCAUUUGCAGUGAACAGCAUCGGACACUACUCCAGGAAUGCGUGGAGCUUUUGUGCAGGUUUUCUUAACCCAUAUUUGAUUUUUGCAACAGAGGCCAAUAUUGUAGCUAAAUACUUCAGUCAAUUUCUGUAGGAUUUCCAUCUUGACAUUGCAGUUCACUGCCCUUCCUGUGUUUUGUACCUUGUUUUGGUUUAUGUUAAACUCAACUAGGCCUCUCUAAUCGUUUUGUACAUGGCAUACUGUGUAAAAUUGCAGUGUAACAUGCAGGCAGGUCAAUGAGAGAUUCACAACAUGUGAAUUUUUUGAUAUAUAAAUUUUAAUGCAUAAUUCAAAGCAA